AUGCCGCCCGCCGUCCCGCUGCUGCUGCUACCGUCUCUGUUGCUGCUGGCGGCGGCGCGUCCCGGCGCGUCCCCGCACAGGUACCGGGUCCCGCUGUCCCCGCACCGGCCUACAUUUACAUGUGGAGGAGUUGUAUCUGGAGAGUCAGGGUUUAUUGGGAGUGAAGGAUUUCCUGGCGUCUACCCACCAAACAGCAAAUGUACUUGGAAAAUCACAGUCCCAGAGGGAAAAGUGGUGGUUCUUUCUUUUCGACACUUAGACCUGGAAAGCGACAAUCUGUGCCGAUACGAUUUUGUGGAUAUUUACAGUGGCCAUGCCAACGGACAGCGCAUCGGCAGGUUCUGUGGUACUGUGAAACCAGGUGCCCUUGUGUCCAGCAGCAAUAAAAUGUUGGUGCAGAUGACUUCAGAUGCUAAUACUGCUGGAAGUGGAUUCAUUGCAAAGUUUUCUGCAGCAGAACCACAUGAAAGAGGGGACCAGUACUGCGGGGGACGGCUGGAGAAGCCUUCGGGGACCUUCUACACGCCCAACUGGCCAGAGCGGGACUACCCCGCGGGAGUCACCUGCUCCUGGCACAUCGUGGCUCCGAAGAACCAGGUAAUAGAGUUAAAGUUCGAGAAGUUUGAUGUGGAGAGAGACAACUACUGCAGAUAUGACUACGUUGCAGUGUUCAAUGGUGGGGAAAUCAAUGAUGCUAAAAGAAUUGGGAAGUACUGUGGAGACAGUCCCCCAGCGCCUAUUCUGUCUGAGAAAAAUGAGUUGCUUGUUCAGUUUUUAUCUGAUUUAAGCCUAACAGCUGAUGGUUUUAUUGGCCAUUAUAAAUUUAGACCAAAAAAGUUACCCACAACUACAGCUCUGCCUACAACCACAACAGUCCCUGCUACUUCAAUUGUGAAACCUACAGUUGCCCUGUGCCAGCAGAAGUGUAAAAGGAGUGGGACUCUGGAAAGCAAUUAUUGUUCAAGCAACUUUGUAAUAACUGGAACUGUAAUCACAGCAGUAACACGGGCUGGCAGUCUGCAUGCAACAAUAUCCAUCAUUAAUCUAUAUAAGGAGGGAAAUUUAGCAAUCCAACAAGCUGGCAAGAAUAUGAGUGCCAAGAUUCUUGUUAUGUGUAAGCAGUGUCCUCUCAUCAGGAGAGGUUUAAACUACAUCAUCAUGGGCCAGGUAGAAGAAGAUGGUAGAGGCAAAAUCUUUCCCAACAGCUUUGUCAUGAGCUUUAAAACUAAGAACUCAAAGAUCCUAAAUGCCUUGAAAAAUAAAACAUGUCAAAAUUGAA